AAAGGAAGGAAGGAUCCACAAAGAGAACCAUCUUGCCAUGGAGACAUUGCGAAGCUGACCCUUUCAGAGCUGGGGAAAGGAGAAAGGGAAGAAAGGAAAGAAAGAAAGAGAAAAAGAAGGGAAAGGAGAAGGAAGGAAAGUGGGAAGAGAGAAGAAGGAAGGGUAUAAUGUCCCGUUCCCCUUCUGCCUUCCAGUCCAAAUCAGCCUGCCUCCAGGGAUGCGCAUCACCAAGGGUCUUCCGGGGGUCUUCACAGCUAUCCAGCUCCACCUUCACUGGGGUGGCAAGGAUCUGGAGACCAGCGGCUCCGAACACACCAUGGACGGGUUGCGUUACAUUGCUGAGCUUCAUAUCGUCCAUUACAACUCGGCAGCAUACUCCAGUUUUCAAGAAGCGAAGGAUAAACCCAACGGAUUGGCUGUCCUCGCUUUUCUAUUUGUGGAGAGCCAUUUAGAGAAUUCCUACUACAGCGAUUUCCUUGCCCACUUGGAGAAAAUCAGGUUUGCAGGGCAGGCAACUACUCUCAACACUCUGGAUGUCAUGUCCAUGUUGCCAGAAAACCUUGGACAUUUCUAUAGGUACCAAGGAUCCUUGACCACCCCUCCCUGCACAGAAAAUGUCAUUUGGACGCUGUUUGACACACAUAUCAAGCUGUCCAGUAGUCAGAUUACGCUGCUGGAGAACGCCUUGCUGGACUGGGAGAACAACACCCUGAAGAGCGACUACCGCCACAUCCAGGCCCUGAACGGAAGGGUGGUCUUGUCGUCUUUCCAAGAGAAGCCAGCAGAACCAACGUGUCACUCGGAGAACUUCUCUCACAAACUGAAACAAAUCCAGAACCACCUCAGUGAGAUCAAGAAGUAUCUUAUAGAUGCCCUGGAGAAACCGGCGGGUCGCAAGCCUGAAAACGUCCAGGCGUUCUACUUCCACAACGACAAUGUGGAGAGUCACGCGGAGGUCCGCCCGCUGCGUCCGAUGGGUCUCCAAACCUUCACCCUCUGCUUCUGGAGCCAGAACGUGAACCAAGGCAAGCAGACCGUCUUCUUCUACGCCACCCCAGAGAGGGACAACGAGUUGGUGGUCACGGUGGGCGUGGAAGUGGGCGUCUGGAUCGGGGGCCACUUUGUCCAGUUCGAGCUCCACCAGAAGUCCGAGGAGCGGAUCCACUGCUGCGUCACUUGGGCCUCCAACUCCGGCAAUGUCGACGUGUGGAUCAACGGCGAGAUGGCCACCACCAAGCAUAUCCAGAAAGGGUACGUCAUCCAGAGCGGCGGGACUCCCAUCCUCGGAAAGUACAAGAACGCCAUGCUCAACGUCUUUGCGAACGCCUUCUCCGGAUGGCUGAGCCACGUCAACCUCUGGAGCCGCGUCCUGGAGCCGAGAGAAAUCCAAGAGCUCAUCCUCUGCCGAGAACAAGAGCCGAAGGGGGACAUCAUCGCCUGGGGGGAAACCCCCAUGACCCUCUUCGGAGGCGUGGUCGUGGAUGCCGAUACCGGUUGCAGUUGAGGCCGUUGUGGACGCGAGACGGAAUCCGUGCACGGGCAGAAAGUGCAAGAGAGCAAGCGUGGACUAGUACCCAAACGUGAUAUUGAUUUUGUUUCUAGUUAUGCAUCUCGCAGGCUGCUUCUCCGUCCUCUCUGAAUGCUCUUAUGUGUCAUCAGCAUCCAACGACAGACAACGCUCAACAUAAAGUGUCACUCUUCCAUGUGCAAUUGGUUUAUUAUUGGUAGCCGAAUGGAAAUUCGCUCUCUCCCUUUUGCCACAUUUCUAAGCAAACGCAGACGCUGCGAUGCCUCUUUUCAUGCAGAUAUCACCUGUUAAUGUAACCUCACCUGUUUACUUUCCCAAACGAGGACAGGAAAGUCUCCAGUAUCAAAGCAGUGAUAAGAAAUGGAAGAUAGGUUAGCUGGCCUAACCAUGCAGCUUCUAUUUCUGCCAGCCGUGCACGGAGUUGGUAGGAAAAUGCUUCCAGAUCAUUUGGUUUUCUAUUUCUCUUCUAUAUCUUUGUCUGCAAACCAAACCUUUUGGCAUCGCAAUAAAGUCCUGCAUUGUAAACAACUCUAGUCCCAACCCAACCAUGUAUAUUUCGACACAUAUGUUAUGUACGCCGUAAAUAGUUUACCUCUUGUUUGUGCAAGCUAGUUACGAAAUGUGAUUAAAAUCAUUUAAUGCACACA